AUGAAGGACAUCGUUGAAACAAAUGAACAAAACGAAAUUAUGAACGCGUUGCUGCAGAUGCAGCAACAGCUGCAACACUUGGCGAAUACGCAGCAGGAACGGGACAGGGAGGUUGCGUUGCUGCAGCAACAGCUGCAGCAACAGCAAAUGCUUCAGCGGCAAACACCGCCGCAGCAGCAAGAACCGCCGCUGCAACAGACGCCGCUGCAACAGACGCCGCUGCAACAGACGCCGCUGCAACAGACGUCGCAGCAGCCGACCAAGCUACAAGAAGAAGGAAGUGAGGCGGAUGUCAAGCCGCAGCGAAAAAGAGGAACAGCUGCAGGGAAGAAGCGUCGUGCCUACCGCGGAAGAUGGCCGCGGGGCGGGAGGGGUGGCGGUAGAGGUGGCGGUAUGGGCGGCGGUAGGGGUGGCGGUAUGGGCGGCGGUAGGGGCGCCCCCAACAAAUAUUAUUUUACUCUCUUUUAA